AUGUCGGUGAAUCUUAGUCUGGCGCAAUACGUGAGAUGUCUCGAGCUCAUAACAUACGGUCCAAAUCCCAACGAAGCACUCUCUUCGACCUCCCCUGCAUCCGACAUGGAUGGGACAGACCAGCCCGCUACGCCUCCAGAGCCAGGUGUGCCGGGACCAGGGGCGUACACAACAUCCACCCUCUUCCACCAGCGCGCCACGAUAAUCUCUGGAUUUCCAACUGUCCUCGUCGCCAGGCGGAUAGAGCAAGCUAGUAUCGAUCGUUUUAGCAAGAACGCAGGUGUGGGAAAACAGGGAUUCGAAUGGGUUCUCUCCGGAGGUCAGGAGCCACCGCCAAAGAGAUAG